AUGAAGUGGAGCGUCCGCGGGGCCUGCGCCGCGCUCUCCGCCUGCCUCCUGCUCGCCUGCGCGCUCAGCGCCGCCGCCGUCGGCCUCAAGUGCUUCUCGCUGGGCUCGGAGCUCCGCGGGGAGCCGUUCCGCCUCGGGGCGGCCGCCGGCGCCUUCUACUCGGGGCUGCUGCUGGCCGCCGGCCUCUCGCUGCUCGGCGCCGCCCUGCUCUGCUGCGGGCCGCGGGCCGCGCCUCUCGCGGGGCCGGGCCGGGGGCUCGGGGUCCCCGCCGCCCCGGCAGGCGCUCCGGAGACCGCGCCGGGCGCGCCGGGGGCCGCCGCCGAGCCCGAGGGGCCGGGGAACGGCCAGAACCUGCUCCUGCUCGGCGCCCUCGUCUUCAUGCUCGGGGUCCUGAGCGCCUUCGCGGGCGCCGUGAUCGACGGCGACGCCGUGUCCCUCGUGGAGCGCAAGUACUCCCACUACUGCCUGCCCCCGCGUGCGCCCGCCCCGGCCCCCGGGCCCGCGGCCCCCGCCCCCGGCCCGGCCCCCGGCGCGCCGCGCGCCCGCGCCACGCCCGCCAAGUGCCGGCAGCUGAAGGACUACCAGCGCGGCCUGGUGCUCUCCACCGUCUUCAACGCGCUCGAGUGCCUGCUGGGCCCGCUCAGCCUGCUGCUGGCCAAGACCUACCGGGCGGCGCGCGCCCGGCGCGGGCGGCGCGGGCGGCGGGGAGGCCGGGCCCCGGCGCGGCCCCGCGGCGGCGCGGGGCUCCGUGCGCAGCCGCCCGCUUCCUGGGUGCGGCGGGGCCGGCGGGGCCGGCGGCUGCAGCAUCGCCCGAGCGAGGCUUCCAUCCUGGCCCCGGAGGAGUCGGACUUGGUCGCCCCCGGGGACUGCGCGGGCUUCGCGGCGCACCACGCCGUCUCCUACAUCCACUUGGGAGUCGUCCGCGCGUCGGCCGAGGCGGGGGUGGAGGUGUGCUGCGGCGGGCACCCGUCCGUGGAGCUGCCGGGGUACGCGCCCUCGGACCCUGACCUCGACGCCUCCUACCCCUACUGCUGCCGGCCGCCCCGCGAGACGGCGCGGCCCUGGGAGCCAAGUCGCGCCCGCUGAGCCCCGAUCCCCGACGGACUCGCGGGCCGCCUCCCCACCCAUCGCCGCCGCGAGGGGCGCGGGGCUGGCGGGGCCGGACCGGGCCAGCUGUGGGGUCGCCUCCCUCCGAGCGCCCCGCCCCCGCCCCUCGCCACGAGACUGGCCUCGGGUGUCACCGUGUCUGUGUCUGGGAGGUUUCUCUUCUUUUCCGUGUCUGUUCGUGUCCGGAUUCCAUUUUAAAGUUUACAACAAAUGUUUGGGGUCAGCUCGCCCCCACGCCCUUCUCUCCGGCAAGUCCCUUCCCCGGGGCGGGGCGAGGCUCCC